CCACUCUCAUUCAAUCAUGGCUAAGAAGAAGCGCGUGAAGGUCGAGAAGGAGGAGGACAACAGCCACCUCCCCAACGCCGCCGAGGGCGAGCACGUCUUUGGCGUCGCUCACAUCUUUGCCUCGUUCAACGACACGUUCAUCCAUGUUACCGACCUCUCGGGCAUGGAGACCAUCGUGCGUGUGACCGGCGGUAUGCAGGUGAAGGCCGACCGUGACGAGUCGUCGCCGUACGCUGCCAUGAUGGCCGCCCAGACCGUCGCCGAGCAGUGCGCCAUCCGCGGCAUCACCGCGGUGCACAUCAAGCUCCGUGCCACUGGCGGUACCCGGACCAAGACCCCCGGCCCCGGUGCCCAGUCGGCCAUCCGCGCGCUUGCCCGCAACGGCCUCCGCAUCGGCCGCAUCGAGGACGUCACCCCGAUCCCCACAGACUCGACCCGCAAGAAGGGUGGUCGCCGUGGUCGCCGUCUCUAAGCUGCCCUUGUGGUCUCGCUCGGUUCGCUCUCCACCGCUGCGGCGUCGCUGCUGUUGACGUCCAUCGCAGUCACUGUCGACCGACCGACACGAACUUUCGCAAUGAAGGCCUCCGCAACUCCAGCAGUCUCCGUCAUUCGUCUGUCCAUCCCCACAAUGAAAGCAUUCGCGAUCCC